UAAAUGAAGAUAUGAAAUGCAACCAGAAGAGCCAUUACAUUCUUAUACAUCUACUUAAUAGUGAAAGGAGGAGUUAGUAUUAAUUACUCUGUACUUCUCCAACUAUCUACUGCUAAAAAUAAAAGUUUUUAAAAAAUGGAUGGGACAAAUCAGACUAUUGUGAUGGAAUUCAUUUUGCUAGGGCUUUCUAAGCAUCACAAUGUUGAAAUUAUUCUUUUUGUGUUGUGCUUGGGGAUAUAUUUGGUCAUCUUACUAGGGAAUUCAUUUCUCAUUGUUUUGAAUAUUCUGGAUUCCAACCUUCACACCCCCAUGUAUUUCUUCCUUAGCAACCUUUCCUUCAUGGACAUCUUUGGUACAUCCUCUUUUGUGCCUCUAAUGUUGGUCAAUUUUCUAUCAGUCAGGAAAACAGUAUCUUUACAAGGAUGUGCAUUACAAAUGUACCUCACUCUUGCUCUGGGAACAUCAGAGUCUGUACUGCUGGCCAUGAUGGCUUAUGAUCGGUAUGUGGCCAUCUGCAAUCCCUUGAGAUAUACAAUCAUCAUGAACAUGAGAGUCUGUGUACAGUUGGCAGCCCUCAGCUGGAUAAUUGGAGGCAUAAAUUCCUUAGUGCAAACAACUCUAGCAUGGAGGAUUUCCUUCUGUGGAAAUAAUAUCAUUGAUCAUUUCUUUUGUGAAAUCCUGGCAGUCCUGAAACUGGCCUGUGUGGACAUUUCCCUCAAUGCUUUUGUCAUGAUGAUAGCGCUUGUAUUGGUAACACUGACCCCAGUGCUGCUCAUUUUCAUCUCUUAUGUGUUUAUUCUUGCCACCAUUCUGAGACUCAACUCAGCUGAGGGAAGGAAGAAAGCUUUCUCCACCUGUUCAGCACAUCUGGCUGUGGUCAUCAUAUUCUUUGGGACUAUAACCUUCAUGUACUCAAAACCCAAAGCAAAAGACCCAGAUUCAGACAAACUGAUUGCCUUAUUCUAUGGUGCAGUGACCUCCAUGCUGAACCCCAUUAUCUACAGUCUGAGGAACAAAGAGGUAAAGGCAGCACUAAAAAAAGUGAUAGACUCCAGUAGAACAUGA